AUGGCAGUAAUAUUCAAAAUUGUUACUAACAAGUGUCUAUUCGCUCUCAUUCUUUCAAUUGCUAUCGUCUUCUGUCUCAUUCAUGGAUGGUGUAAUUACUCCGAUAAUGUGAUUUUGAGCAGCAGAAGAGAACUGAUUGCAACCAAAUUUGAUUUCACGCCGUUUAUGCCACGUCAUCAUCACCGGAAACACCUGUCUCCGUCGCCGGAAACUGAGAUCGAUCCGAUUUACGGAGUUGAAAAACGCCUAGUUCCUACCGGCCCAAAUCCGCUGCAUCAUUGA